AUGGAGAGGCCUGCGCAGGCGCCCCCCAGCAGCUGCCGCCGGGGUUCCGGGGCAAACGAAGGGGAGGGCUACUUCUUUAGCCUGCGGCGAGCGCCGGCGACCGGGCGUGGCAGCCGCAGGAGGAGAGCUGGGAGUGGGUACUGGAAGGCCACGGGGAAGGAGAAGCCGGUGUUCCUGCAGUGCGGCGGCGGCUGCAAGAGGCAGCUGCUCGUGGGCGUCAAGACGGCGCUCGCCUUCCACCGCAGUGAGCCGCCACCAUCGUCCUCGCGGACCGGCUGGAUCAUGCACGAGUACCGGCUCGCCGUGCCCCGCGGCGUGGCCGAGCAGAGGAAGAAGAAUGCGAGCCAGGGUUGCGUUGCUAAUCCAGGAGAGUGGGUCGUGUGCCGGGUCUUCCUGAAGAACAACAGGCCAGGAAGCAGCAGGCCAAACCGGGACGCCAGCAGCAAAACUCUGGGACACCGCGCCUCCGCUGCGCCACCGCAGCAGCAGCACCGGGAAGACGUGGGAGGACAGGGACAGCAGCCGUUGAUGUUCUCGGCGCCGCAGUCGUCGUCCUCAAGCUGCGUUACUGACUUGUCAGACGAAGACGACGAAGUCAGCAGCGGCGGCAUAACCAGAGAUGCCCCAGCUGCCCCUCAAAGAGAGGCCUACUAG